AUGAACACUUACCCCGCUUCUCAAUAAUUCAGCCCUUACUCUGUUACCAAGCAGCCUUAAGCAUAACAAGUUUAACGAUCGACACCAUUUGAUGAAGAUAAUGAAACUUCUAAUAGUGGAUCUUAAAUAUUCAAUUAAGUUUAAGUCGGAGCCUAAAAUGGUGUUAAUUUGGAUGAGUUAUUUGAUGAUAACCCAGUCAAAUCCAAUCAAGAUUUCCCUUUUUGGGAAUAAGACUCACAAAAAGGAUAACCUUAAAUAAAUACUAAGAAUGCUGAAAAUUCUUUGUUUAAUUUUGAAUAAAAUUCUAACAAUUAAAUAUUUGGAAUAAAUCCCUUCUAUUAAACCUAAACACCUUAAGAUGUAGGGAAAUUGCAGCAAUAGAAUUAAGCCCAAAACACUUAAGGUGUAGCACAACUGUAAAAAUCGAAUAUUAACAAUAAAAAUUAAAUUCUAGACGAAUUUGAUGAAAUGUUUGAAAAAAGUUCUCAGGAUGUAUCUCAACAAGGUGAAUAAGGAUUAAAAGUCCAUUAAAUUUAAUAGAAUAAUCAACAGCCAUUUAAUUUUGAAUAAUAAUAAUAAUAAUAAUAAAUAUAGCCUAAAGUUUAGAAUACAGAUUUAGAUGGGUUCUCUUUUCCAUUUUUUUAAGACACUUUACCACCCUUUUAAAUUAAUUAAAAUACCAACUAAUUUUAAGGGAUUUAAACAACAAAUUAAUAAAAUAGAGAUGUAAAUUAAUUUAAAUUUAAUGAAAUUUUUAAUUAACCAUCAGAUACAAACCUAUAAUUGUAGGUUGACAAUAAAUUACAUACUCCACCCAGUUAGUCUUAAAUAAUCCAAUCCUAGAAAUCAUUGAACGAAAAGCAUAUUCCCAAUUCAAAUAAUAGCUCAUCAAUUAAGCAAUAGCCAUAGUAAACAUUAUAAUUUCCUAUUUAUAACAACAUACCUCAUCAAGAAGCAAACAAAUAACCUUCACAAUUAAAUUUUAGCCUAGAUUUAGAUUAAGGUAAUAAACAGCAGAAAAGUGUAAGCAAUUCUUAAAGAGAUGAUUCUGAUCUACCUUGGGAUGACGUACAAAAAUCUUAGGCAUAGCAAAAGGCUUUUGAUUUUUUUUAAGGACCUAAUUUCUUCGAAAUUAAUAAAGAAUUAAAUUAAUAGCCAACUGAAUAGGUUUAAAAUAAGGAAAGGUUUAACUUAUGGCAAAUAGAUAAUAAUGAAUAAUUUAAUAAUAAUCUGUUUUAAUAAGCAAUCUUCAAUGAUGAGUUAAACUUAUAAUAAAAUUAAGACAUUUUCAAUAAAGAGCAUUAGGCUAUUCCAUCUUCCAAUUCUUUUGAUCAAUUUAAUUUGAAUGAACAUGACAAUAAAACCUAAUUUCAGGCAUAAAACUAAUAAGGUUCCAAUUAAUUUGAUUUCCUUUAGUGGAAACAACAAAAUACAGUCUAAUCGGAAAGUGAUGAUGUAUUGGGGUAAUUUUAAUAGAAAUUAGACUUGCCUUAAAAAGAGGAUGACUCAGAUCAAAAAAUAUAGAAUCAACAAACAAAUUAAUUUGAAUUUCCAUACUGGAAUGAAAAAUAAGCUAAGGCUUAAUCGGAAAGUUAAUCUUCAGUGAAAGAUGCAGAGGAAAAAUUUGAGUUUGGAUGGAAUAAUAUUUAAUAGGGAAAUUUCUAAUAAGAUAAUCAAUUUUCAAAUUGGGAUGGAGAUGAAAUGAAUUAAUAAUAGAAGAUUGACUAUUUUCAUAAGGAUAACUUUGAUCAACACAGGAAACCUUCACAUGAUUAGGAAGGCUCAUAACAUGAACAACAAUCAGUCCAUAAUUCUGAAUCGCCUACUUAAUAGAUUACACUUUAUGGGAAUUAAGGUCAAGAGAAAGAAAAUAAACUCAGAUUUGUUUAGGAUGAAGGAUUUUAUGAUUAGAAGGAUAAUCAGAAAAUCAAUUUUGAUUCGUUUGAUUAAAGGGAGAACUUUAUUGAUGAAUCAAAGGUAAUUCAAUAAUCUUAAAAUAAAACACAGUCAUUUGAAUUUCCAUCAUCAGUUUAAAUGGGUUUCCAUAGUGUGAGAGAAAGCAAAGAAGAUAAUAAUAAGGAAUAAACAUAUGCUGAUUAAAUUAUGGAAUUAUUAUUGCCUAAAAUUGCAGAGAUUACUUAAACUUUGAGUAACGAUUUUAUGAACACUGCAGGCAAUUAUUAGUAAGAAGGGCAAAAUGUAUUAUAUGAGGGAAUUUACAAUAUUUUAUAAAAUGAAAAGAGAAGAAUUGGAUAGAAGAAAGAGAAAUAUAUAAAUUAGUAAGUUUAGAUAAUAGAGGAUAUCAUCGUGCAAUACGAUAAUAAGACUCAUUAAUUGUAGGAGUAAAUUAUCAAGGUCAAGGAGGAAUAGCAAAAGGAAAGGUAGAAAUCAUCAGGUAAUAUGAGUUUUGAUUCAAUUGAGAUAAAGAAAUCUAAAUAAAUAAAUGAGUAAAUUGAAGAAUCACCAAUUUAGAAUAUUUAAUUAUAAGUUAGUCCAAACCCAUAUACGCCAUAAAAUUCUUAGGAGAAACCUCACAUUCCAUUUUAACUAAUACACCAAACAUAAUCUAAGUUUUUAAAUGAAAGUGUAAUAAGUCAAGAUAACAAAGAGGAAGACCUAAUCAAAUUUUAAACAAAUUAUGUGUUCUAAAGACAAAUGUUGAAGGGAUUGUAAUUGAACGAAAUACAGAAAUUUAAAAAGCAAUGUUUGAGUGAUUAAGUAGUAUUACUAGAAACACAAGAAUUGAUGGUUACAUAAAUUUCAGAGAAGAAGGAUAGCUCAAAUUAAGAAUAUAAAACUACAUUAAUUUAUAAAAAUAAGGGGAGCAAAGGGAUCUAAAAUUUAAUUGUUUGCUUUGAAGGAAAAAAAUUAAAAAAUGGCUUUUAAGCUUAUCCAUAGAAAAUAGCCCAUCAAAUUUUAAAGCCUGGGGAAUCAAUAAAGUAAGAGAUCAGAUUUAGAUGUUAUGAUCAAUUAGAAGUAUAUUUGAAUUGCUAUUUAAUAUACACAGUUAUGGAUAAUAGAUUUUAUGGGAGUCAAGGAUAAUAGGGGAGUUAAAACAAUGAGCUUAUGUAUAGAUCAUAGGUGAGUUAUCAAGGUUACAAUAAUUCAUAUUAUAAUUAAUUCUCUUAAGGGUAAGGUAACACUUCAUAUGAUAGGGAUUCUAAGAGAACCUAUCAAUUUAUAAUAGGGAGACCAGUCAACAGAUUCUUCGCAUACAAUUACUGGACGGCGGAGGAACUUAAUGAAUACAAGAUGAGAUAUCAAGGGGAGGAAUUUCCGUUGAAGUCGUUGGAAGAAUUAAUAAUAUAUCACCCUUGGUUGGUGUAAUUAGACAAAUCGACUCUGUGUGGGAAGGUGUUGAUUCGGUUGGAAGAGAAUGAUUAUGACUUUGUUGUGAAGGUAGUGUUGAAGGAUCAGAAGGGUGUGAUAAAAAUGAAUCAGACGGAUAUGGAAUAAAAGUUAUGUGAACAUUUACUAAGUUUUUUAAGUUUUCUAUUUUUUAAAUUAUAUUGA